CAAGAGAGAGAGAGAGAGAGAGGCGAGAGUUUAAAAGCGCGGCGCCUCCUCCUCCUCCUCUUCUUCUUCUUCGCUCAGCUCGGCUCGGCUCGGCUCUUUCUCUCUCCGCCGGAGCGCUGGAUCUCUCCGAGCCGCCGCCGCCGCCAAGGAAGCCGCUCAGGCGUCACCGGGGGCGGCGGCAACCGCGGAGGAGGCUUGGCCGAAAGCCCCGCGUUUCCAACACAAGACUGAAGCCUAAGCCGAGAGUGGAGAAGCUGUGAGGAAUUAGAUGAGCGGUUUGCACCGGACCUGGCGACCUGGAACAGCGGAAAGAUGGCUUUCCCGGUCUCGGCAGCGUGUUGGGUGGUCCUCGCAGCAGCGGUGGCUUUAGGUUAUGUCCAGAGACACAGCCAGCAAGAAUCCCACGUCCACUACGCACAGCUGGGGACGGACGUGACGCUACAGUGUGGGUCCGUUGACCCCGAGGCCACGGUCACCUGGACGGCCAACACCACUGACCUGGACGCCUCCCAUCUCAAUGGGUCGCGCCUCGUCCUUCAUAACGUGGACCUGUCCCAGAGCGGCCAGUAUUCCUGCUACGAAGGGACCUCCUGGCACCUCAAGUAUCGGGUCAACCUCAAAGUUGGAACCCCCCCAAAGGAGCCCGUCUUGAUGUGUCGGUCGAACAACUAUCCCAAUGGCUUCUACUGCAGUUGGCACCUGCCCAGCCCAACCUACAUGAAUGACACUUAUGACAUCACCAUCAUCCACGACUCCAAGGAGAUCGCUUGCAAGAAGGACAUCCCCGCCAAGAACCGGUGCUACAUCCAGUACCACCAAGUCUUCUCCUCCAAGAAGUACCGGGUGACUCUGACGGCCACCAACCCGCUGGGCAGCAGCUCCACCACCAUCUCCUUCGACGAGUUCUCAAUAGUAAAGCCGGACCCUCCGGAGAGCGUGGUGGCCAAGCCCAUCGCCCACAACCCCCGGCGCCUGCAGGUGACCUGGCAGUACCCCUCCUCCUGGCCAGACCCCGACUCCUUCCCCCUCAAGUUCUUCCUGCGGUACCGCCCGCUCAUCAUUGACCAGUGGCAGCACGUGGAGCUCUCCGAUGGGACAUCCCACAUCAUCACGGAUGCCUACGCCGGCAAGGAGUACAUCAUCCAGGUAGCGGCCAAGGACAACGAGAUCGGCACCUGGAGUGACUGGAGUGUGGCUGUCCAUGCCACGCCGUGGACCGAGGAGCCCAAACACCUGACCACAGAGGCCCAAGGGACAGAGACGACCACCGCCAGCACCUCCGCCUUCAUGGUCGCUCCCACCGCCAGGCCCUCCGACCCCGACGAUGCCGGAAACAACGCAUCCGUGGCCCUUUCCUUAGUGGUCAGCCUGGUCCUGGUGCUGUUCAGCAUUCACUUUAUCUAACCCGGCCCCUGAGCCCCACGGAAGGGAGGUCUCCGACUUGCUGGAGCGUCUGUCUUUGCUUCUGUUUUGCACAUGGUCUGAAGGACGCCUCGUGUUCCUCCUCUUCAUCGCUUCACCUCCUCCGGAGCUCAGAGACCACCACCCGGCCCUUGCCUCCGGCCCCUUUGUGGCUACAAAUCUCUGCAAAACGAACCACGGGACCCUUUGGGGAGGCAGCGGGACCCAGGGAAGGGUCUGACCUUUGGGAGCGAAAGGAAGGAAGGGGAGCGGAGGGGAGGGAGGGAGCACCAGCCAUCCUGGCCCCGGGUUCGGAUCAUACAGCUAAGCCGCCAUGCCAAAGAGGCUCCCUCCCUUGCACCUCCCGGGCAGAGAAGACAAACCGGAGCAGAAAUCGGAAACCAAGAGGAGAUCCGUCUCCUCUUCACAGCCGCGAGAAGGACCAACCUGCCGUACGUCCUCAGCCGAGCAAAACCGGGCAAGGAGAAGGACGAGAAAGCAUCCCGUCCUCCAAAAACGACGGGAAUCAUGAGACCCACGGGACUUUGUGUGUGUUUUUCUGUGUCAAGAGCAGAGACAACGGAGGGGGAAGCAGGGUGGGCUUUUAUACAAAGACACACAAAAAGAACAAUGCAAAACUGCGCCCUGGAAUACCGACCACCUCGCCUCCGAAAUUUGGGGAACGUCUCUGUUUGUAGCUGCGUCCGUCCCGUUUAUACAAAGAGACACUUCUUCGGUUUGUGUAUCGGUCUUAUUACAGGGGAGCGGGGUGUGUACCUACCUGCGGGGAAUGUCAUGACACGAAAGCGUCCCAUCCACCCCCCACCCCUCAUAUUUCUCCUCCCCAAAGACCCCUUUUUGUAAGCCCGCUCCGCCCUCCCCGGUCCCCUUUUCGCAAACCCCGGUUCAAAGUGCAGUAUUUAAUACCGUACGUCCUAUUAUUCCAAACGGUCAUAACUAUGUAUUUGAACUUUUUAUAGAUGUAUAUAAAAAUAUUACAAAAAUCACACUCACAGAGACAUGGGGAAGGGGAGGGGAGGCCCGGGAGAGAGGUGAUUCAUUAAAUGUGACCAUUUCAUUACGA